GCCGGUGACAUAUCUUCAUCAUCUGUCGUUACAAACAAUCCAAUAUCAAAUCUAAAACAUUUCAAACAUCAUUUCCCACUCCAUCGCCGCCAUGGGUGCCGCUGUGGAAGAGAGAGAGAGUCAGAAGAAAGAAGAAGGAGAAGAAAGAGGAGAGAAUGGGAAGAGAAAACAGGAAGAAGAAGAAGAAGAAGAAGAGACAGUGAGAGAUGUGGAGAAAGGGGAGAUGGGUCAUGUGGAGUCUGUGGAAGAAAAGGUGGUCGAGAGAAAUGAUAAUGUUUAUGAUCUUAAUAACAAUAUUCCUGCUGAUCAAAGAGGGUUUAAUAUGUCAAUGUUACGAACGUUGAACCCAACAAAUCCUUUGAGGAUUGCCAUUAAUGGUGGCCGUACAAGAGUCGCCGCUCCUACAAGAGUUGCAGCUUCUAGAGUUGCUACUCCUCUUUCUCAGCCUCGCUCUACUCCAACACCAACCUCACAGAUAUCACCUACAACAUUGAAUUCAACAAGCUACACCAACAAGAUAUCUCUGUCUAUUUUUGUUCUUCACAUGGUGCUGGCUGUUGGGCUAGUGGGAUUUCUAAUAUUCAAGGGAAUUCAAGGCCUAUUAGUAGCAUCAGACUCUACUAAGAAAAAAGAGAAAAGGGUGUUAGAGUAUUUUCUACCUCAAGUUGAAGCUGCCUCUCUUUUAAGCAUCACUCUUGCUUUUGCUUGGCAAAAGGCUGUCAGGGUUUGGCCUCGAAUCACGGUUCAUUUCAUACUAUGGAGCUCGUUCUUCAUGUCACUUUCAGCUGUAAUUCUCCUAAUCUGCUUCCAAAAGCCUCCCACCGAUGGUGUUGGAGUUUGCUUCAUCGCCUUUGCAAUAGGGAAUGGCUUAUAUGCUUGCUGGGUUAACCAGAGAAUUGGGUUUUCUACUGAAGUUUUGAUUAAAUCAUUGCGACCCAUUUCAAAGUUCCCAGAUUUGAAUCAACCUACUUAUUGGACUUGGCACGAGUAGGAGAAGAGUCUCUCAUAGAGUCGACCCAAGCAUUGAGUUUGGUACCUCCUUCAUCAUCAAGUUUUUUCAAGAGCUUCUUUCGAGAUAUGGUGAUGUAGCCAGCAGGCGAUGGCUGUGAGAAUAGAGCAGAGUUGGACAAGGUGAGUGUAAU